CCUAGACCCGUUUGAGCAGACACCACGCAGUAAAACCAUUCCAGAAUAAGUUGUCAUGGAGUUUGCGAUCAUGCUCUACAGGUGUUUGUUCAUUCGUUCUAUUAGUACCGCCGCCGACUCAUUGACCGUUGCCGCUCUGCCAGCGGAUCGCCGCUGAGAUCAUCAAAGCACACUUGAAGUAUUCGCGAUGUCACCGACAAAAGCUUCUGACAUUACUGUGGACGAUGAUUGUCAGAAAAAGCACGCGGCCACAGAUGACUGGUUUACAUGCCACGAGCCUUGUACAUUACCGAAGCAUAUUCAAGAAUUGGCUUUGAUUGAAUUACGGGAAAAUGAAAGUGCUCGUAAUCAAGCUAUUUCGGCUUUCCGACAGUGGAUAUCAAAAAAUGCGGAUGUUCAAAACGUAAAUACUGAUGAAAAUUUUUUAUUACGAUUCUUGCGUGUUAAAAAAUUUAGUUUACCGAUGGCUCAACAAAUGCUGCUUAAAUAUUUGAAUCUUCGACAAAAAUUCCCAAUGUACUUCAUGGGCCUAGACUGUUUAAUUCCAUCAAUCAACGAACUCAUUGACUCCGGAUACAUGUUUGUAUCACCUUUUAGGGAUAACCACGGUCGUCGAGUUAUUAUCGGUACUGCCAAAGGCUUCGAUCUUCGAAAAUAUAGCAAUAGAGACUUGGGCAUUGUGCAUAUAAUUACCUAUGAGACAUUACUAAAUGAUGAAGUCAAUCAGGUCGUGGGAUUCACCCACUUUGGUGAUUUAUAUUCCAUCACUCCAGCGUAUAUAACCCUGUUUGCUCCAAAUGAAUUCGCCACUCUCAUCAAGUGGGGAGAGCAAUCAAUUCCUAUGAGGCACAAAGCAAUACACCUGUUGAACGUGCCAUUACCGAUCAAGUUUGCUUAUGAUUAUUUCCAAACAAGAAUAAGCCCAAAACUCAAUGGACGAAUGAAGAUGCACAGUUCACUUUCCGAGUUACACGAGACGCUCGAUAAGAAAGUUUUACCCAAAGAGUAUGGCGGUGAAAUGCCAAUGGCCGAAAUGAUCAGAUUAUGGAAAAAAGAAUUACUGGCGAAUAGAGAAAAGUUAAUAGCGUUAGACAAUAUGCGGUUAUUAUCAGAUAAAAACAUUAUAACAAGAAAAACGAAAGCUGAAAUUAAUCAUAAUUUGAUCACUGGAUUCAAUCAGCUAAAUGGCAGUUUCCGAAAACUGGAAGUUGACUAACUAUAUAACUUAUCAGUAAUUAUACUAAUUACAUUAUAUACUGUAAAUAAGUAAUACAUCUGUAAUUCGGAUUGUAAAAACAUUUUUAGUUUUUUUUCAUUCAUUUUUGUUCAAAUUUUCAUCAUGUAAAUUCUUCAUUAUUAUAAUAUGUUCUUAUUUUUAAAUACUCUCAUAAUUUUAUUUUCAUUUUAUAUAAUAAUUAUCGUUACCUUAUAUUUGUUCAUACAAUUUUUGUAAUAUUUUUCGACUUGUAAAGUAGAUAAGUACUUAUUUUAAUAACGUUCGAGUUAAUAUUUGCUUAAAUUAGCAUACUAUAAUAUUUUACUUGACAAAUCUAAAAUAUCUGAUUAAAUAUUUAUUAUCAUAA